AUGGAGCCAGGCCCAUCUCCAAUGCUUACAAAUGCUUUACCAAAUGGUCAAAUUGUAGGCUCACCCUUUCCUACCUCUCCUCUCCCUUACUCCACUAUAGCUCACACUUCACCUUUACAAAGGCCCAGCUCCCCACAAACACAACAUGAGAUUUACCCUCAGAGCCUCCCUCAACUUACACCCUCAUCACCUAAUCUUGGACGCACACUCCAGAACCCUUACCUGCACAAUGUCAGCAACACCACAGCUAUUCAGAGGAGCCCGUUACCUGUCAUGCCUGGUGGACAGGAGGAGAUAUCAGCUAAUGUACAGGAGAGCCAGAUGAUGCCCCAGUAUCCCACUGCUGGUCUAUCCAAUGCUUUAAUGCAGAACUCACGCCUACGGAGUGCCUCCUACUCAUUUCCUCUGCAACGCAAUGCCAACCUCUAUACAACAGUUCUCACGCCACCUGAAGCAGCAGUCCCUCUUGCCCCUUCUGUCCCUUCAUCCCCACAGUUGUCCCCUGCUAUGCUGACCUCUCAGCUACGUAAUGCUUCUUUUGCCUCACCAUUUCAGCGACAACCCUCCCCCACAUUGCCAGGCUCACCUGCUCCUCCACCUUCCCCACAACAACAAGGAGGUGUCAGAGGUAGCUCCCCACUUCUCUCAGGUGGAUUGCGAACUUCACACAUCCAGGGAUCCAUGUUCAAGCUUCCAGGUGGCACUUUGACAAUGUCCCGGGGCCCUGUUGAGACUCCAGUUAACACCGAUAGUGUAGGUGGUGUUAGCAGUGGGAUGCUCUCUAAUGCCUUACAGAACCAAAGUCUACAUCGGGCGACCUAUAGACUACCCGAUGGCUCUUUUGUCACAAGAAAUGAACCUGUUGAACAUGUCUCAGGUCCAUCUCCACUGUCUUCCCCUAUGCUGUCCUCUGCUUUGCUCAAUCCCAAUUUGCGACAAGCCACAUAUCGUUUACCUGAUGGUACACUUGUUACCAGGACAGAGUCCACAUCUGCACCCUCCCUUUCCUCUUCUACACUCUCCUCUGCUCUUCUCAAUGCUAAUGUUCGUAACGCCUCUUAUCGAUUACCAGACAGUUCAUUUCUCACACGUCCAGGAGAGCAGACGCAGAGUGCAGAGAGCUCAGUAGCCUCCCCUGGGCUUUCUAGCGCCCUGAUGAAUGCUAACUUGCGUAAGGCAAAGUUUCAGCUCCCAGAAGGAUCUUCGUUGUUCUCACGGAACCAAGCUCAACCUUCUUCCUCUGCUUCUUCCGGCCCUGUCCUUUCUGGUGCAUUGUUAAAAACCAACAUCCGUGGUGCCUCUUAUAGGCUUCCAAACACAUCAUUAUUUAAGCAGCCUGGAUCUACUGAUGCCUCUCAACCGCGCUCACUUGACCUUUCCAAUGCUCUUCGCAACCAGAACCUCCGAUCUGCCACUUACCGUUUGCCAGACGGAACUCUCAUGACCCGCCCUCAGCCGGCUUCGGCACCCAAAGCGCUUGACCUAUCUAAUGCCUUAUCAAAAAACCCAAACCUUCGUGGGGCGAAAUACCGCCUCCCUGAUGGCAAUAUCAUGACACGACUCGGUGCCCCCAAAGCACCAGAACCUCGAACACUCAACCUAUCUGGUGCUUUGCAGAACCCUCACCUUCGGGGGGCCUCCUUUCGCCUACCCUCCUCAUAUGCAGUAGUAUCACCCCAGGUCCAAGGAUCUGGCCCUAGACAGCACUGGGCACAGAACGCUGGAGUUGAAGCCCAACAAAAUGAAGAUGUGUGGGGGGCAGAGAGGGUUUUACCUCAUGGGACAGUCCAAAACUUAAAUAAGUGGUCCAUGUAUGGUGAAGGGGAGCUGCUAGACCCCCGCAGCUUGAUGGGACAGGAAGGCUUGGGGAAUGAGCAAGGAGAAUGGAAUCUCCGCAGGGAGGGGGAACCACAUGGGCAGUGGUUUGACAAGAUGUAUGCAAUCAGAAGCCUGCCCACAAUGGUUCAGCGGGAGCAAAGAGAGGAAAAUGGUGUUGAAGAUAUGACACAGCUAGAUGACAUGCAUGAAGUGGCUGUUCUGCUGAACAUAAGGAAAAGGUUUGAGAGAGAGGUUAUUUAUACAUACAUAGGCAGCAUUCUGGUAUCUGUGAACCCCUAUAAGAUGCAAAACACCUAUGGGACAGACAUGGUGCUCAUGUACAAGGGCUGUGCCUUGGGAGAAAACCCUCCGCAUUUGUUUGCCAUAGCAAACGCUGCUCAUUCCCAAAUGAUGGAUGCCAAAAAAAAACAGGUCAUAAUAAUCAGUGGGGAAAGUGGGUCUGGAAAAACUGAGUCCACCAAACUCAUCCUUCGCUACCUAGCAGCUGUACUUCACAAAACGAAUCUUGCGCAACAGAUACUUGAGGCAGCUCCUCUUCUGGAAUCUUUUGGAAAUGCCAAAACCGUGCGGAACGAUAAUUCCAGUCGCUUUGGGAAGUACAUUGAGGUCUUUAUGGAGAAUGGUAGGAUCAGUGGUGCCAUAACCUCUCAGUAUCUGCUGGAAAAAUCCCGCAUCGUCUUUCAGGCCAAAAAUGAGAGGAACUAUCACAUCUUCUACGAGAUGCUCGCAGGUCUUCCUUCGCAGCAGAAGCAGGCCUUCUAUCUACAAGAAGCUGAAACCUACUAUUACCUCAACCAGGGAGAGGAUUGUGGGAUAAAAGGGAAGAACGAUGCAGAGGACUUUCUACGUCUGCUUUCUGCCAUGGAAAUCCUUCACUUCACUGCGGAUGACCAGUCGUCCAUCUUUAGAGUCCUGUCUUCCAUACUGCACCUGGGCAAUGUUUACUUUCAGAGGCAUGAGGCUGAUGGCCAGGAGGUGGCGUCAGUGGUUAGCACUCAGGAGAUCAGAGUAGUCGCAGAGCUGCUGCAGAUCUCACCAGAAGGACUACAGAAAGCCGUCACCUACAAAGUCACAGAAACAAUGAGGGACAAGAUCUACACCCCUCUGAGUGUAGAAAGUGCUAUUGAUGCCAGAGAUGCUGUUGCCAAGAUCCUAUAUUCGCUGCUCUUCCACUGGUUAACAGAAAGGAUCAAUGGUCAGGUGUACCCUCACCAACACACCCUCUCCAUCUCCAUCCUGGACAUUUACGGAUUUGAGGAUCUGGUCCUCAACAGCUUCGAGCAGCUUUGCAUUAAUUAUGCAAACGAGUACCUGCAAUUCUUCUUUAACAGGAUCGUAUUCAGAGAGGAACAGGAGGAGUACAGCAGGGAGCAGAUCCCAUGGCAGGACAUCACAUUCAACGACAACCAGCCCUGCAUCGACCUCAUUGCCGCUAAGCCUCAUGGGAUACUGAGGAUUCUGGAUGACCAGAGCGGUUUCCCGCAGGCAACAGACAACACUUUUCUUCAGAAGUGUCACUAUCACCAUGGCAGUAAUCCACUGUACAUGAAGCCAAAGAUGCCGGUCCCAGAGUUCACAAUUAAGCAUUUUGCCGGGCGGGUCACUUACCAGGUUUACAAAUUCCUGGAUAAGAACUACGAUCAGGUGCGUCAGGAUGUCCUGGACCUGUUCAUUCAGAGCAAGAACAAGAUGGUAUCAAACCUCUUCCUGGUUCAUGCAGAGGCCACGGGUCAGCAGAGAGGUCACAUAAGGAAGAGCAGCACAGUCACCAGAAAAUACCAAGCUCCCACCGUCAGCAGCAAGUUUCAACAGUCCCUGCUGGAGCUGGUGGAGAAGAUGGAGAGGUGCAAUCCUUAUUUCGUUCGCUGCAUUAAGCCAAAUAACAUGAAGCAACCAGGUGUGUUUGAGGACGAGCUGGUGAACAGCCAGCUGCGGCACUCUGGUGUCAUGGAGACCAUUAGGAUCCGCAAAGAGGGAUAUCCAAUCAGAAUGCCAUUCUAUGUCUUCCUGUUCAGGUACAAGUCCCUGGCGGGGAUACAGACACUUCCUGUGGCAAAUGGAGAGAACUGUGUGUUGUUGCUCGGUAAACUGUGUCCUCUCCGACCAGGAGCCUACCAUGUUGGAGUCACAAAGUUGUUCCUAAAGGAGGACAUCUACCAGCUGCUGGAGUGUAAGCGAGAGCGCUCUCGUCAUCUUGCCGCCCUCACCCUGCAGCGUUACACUCGCAUGUUCUUCGUCAGGAAACGCUACGUUGAAUUCCGCAACAAAAUCAGCAGGUUUCAGGCACACUGCCUAGGCUUCCUCGUUAGGAAACGCUAUGUGAAAAUGAGGGAGAGUCUGGUCCGUUUCCGCUCUCUGGUCCACAUGUAUGUCAACCGGAAGCAGUACAUUAAGAUGAAGUUUGAAGCCAGGAGGAAAGCAGAAGAGGAGAGGAGGAGGAGAGAGAUGGAGCUGACCAAAAGGGAGGUGGUUAAUGUGACUCACUUGGUGAUCCCUGCAGAGCUAGGCGCUUUGCUGCAGACAGCAGGAGUCCGGAGGGAGUUGCACUCAGACUGCCUGGCUCUGCUUCAGGCUCCUCAUAUCCAGGAUGAUGCUGAACUCACGUUGCCUCUGGACAUCAACAACUACCCUUUCUUCCGCUAUGUUCAGAUUUACUUCAGGGAGCCAAAGUUUGGGAUGUUGAUGGCUCCUCUGGAGUCAUCUCUGACCCGUGUGGAGGACGACCUGAGAGGGGAGGCUCUGGAGCUUUUCAACAUGGUAUUACGGUUUAUGGGGGACCCUCAUCUGAAUGGGGCGCAGGAAAACAUGUUUGGGAAUUACAUCGUCCAGAGAGGCUUGUCUUCGCCAGGGUUACGAGAUGAGAUCCUGGCUCAGGUUGUCAACCAGGUGUGGAGGAACAUAAACUCUGAGAAUGCAGAGAGAGGCUGGCUGCUGCUGCUGGCAUGUGUCUGCUGCUUCGCCCCAUCAGCCAAGAUGGACAAAUAUCUGCUCAAGUUCGUGUCGGACCACGCUCCUGCUGGCUGGCAGGUGCUGCUGCAGCACAGACUCAUCCAAGCGAAUCAGAAGAUGCAGCUGGGAUCAGGCUCCGCCCCCGAGACUGCGCGGACGUAUCCGCUGUCGCUGCUUGAGUGGACCGCCAAUAGGAAGAAGGCUAACAUGGUGUUGCACGUGCACUGUCUUGAUGGAGGGUCCUUCCUGUGUCCUGUCCAUUCCUGGACCAAUGGAGAGGAUUUAGCAGGAAACAUUCUGCGUCACAGGGGAGUGUCUGACUGGUGGAGGGGGAGUUCAAUUCUGAUGAAGGAGCAGGGUCAGUGGGUGGAGUUAGCUGGUCAUGACUAUGUCAUGGACCUGAUUGCAGAUAUGGAGCUUCCUAUGGACUUCCCAAAGCAGAAGAGUUACUUCAUCAUCAGCACUGACAACCCAGCUAAAGUCAGAGCUAAUGCCAGCCUUGCUUUGUUUGGCAGUGGCUUUGACUCAGAUGAGGAGCUUCCUUCCUCCCUUCCUCUCAGCAGCAGCAGACCAGCCUACAGCCUGCCUGAUUCAGAUGGUUACUACAGCCACGAGUCAGAAACAUUGAGCGAGGGUCAGCCUCAGAGAGGGAUGGACCGCUACCUGGACAGCCUGUUUGACCCUGUGCUGUCGGACAGCAGCACGGACAUGGAGAAGAGUGGAAGUUUGUCAGAAAGGAUGAAGGGAGGAGGAGGUAUAGGCAUCACAGGAGAAGGAAGGGAAGAGGGAGAGAGUCGCCCAGCUUCCAGCCGGCCUUAUCCACCAGGAAUACAUCCUGGAGGAUCGGAGCAAGUGGUACUGACUCAGCAGCAACAAGCCAUCAUCAACCAACAAGCCAUCAUUCUGGCCCAGCAGAUGACGAUGCAGGCCAUAGCAAUCCAGCAGCAAAUGUUGUCUUCUUUCCCCCCAGCUGCUCCAGCCCCACAGUCACCACCCUCAUACUAUCACGCGCACUCACAACAGCGCUCACGCACAGCCAGUCCUACCAAAGAGAGUGAGGCAUCUCCGCACAAGCCGAGCGCUGCCGCUGUUCAACGGAAAACGAGUCCAUCACGUGGCCCCCCUCCCGAGGAUGUGGUCCGCUCCACUGUGAGUAACACUGAGCACUUGGACCCCAGCCAUGAUAUCAAAGACAUUAUCAAACAGCACCAGCCUGAAGGCACAACAUCUUCCUCUGGAUCUCCCACGCAAAGGAGAAGUGAUGGAAAGUUGUUUGGAAAGAAGCCAGACCCUCAUGAUGAAGCGAUGGAGAUCCUUAAAGAUCAAAUGGCAAACCCACCACAACCGACUCACAGAAAGACUUCGUCCGCCCAAUCUAAAGAAGACAGGGGACACAAGACUAGCCAGAAAGCCAAGCCUCGCCCCCAAGGGCCAUCUAGCUCCAACAUAAGCCCCGCCCCUCCUCCAGUCUCCAGAGAGUUGCCAGUUGAGGAGGAGAUCAUUCAGACUCAGCUCCACAGCAGAACCAGUGAUGAAUAUUACACUUAUUCCAACGUCCCGUGGAAACUCUACAUGAGGAAAGAGGUUUUUUAUCCUAAAGAGAACUUGAACAAUCCACUGAUCCUGGAUCUGAUCUUCAGACAGAUUGUACAUGACACCUUUUCUGAGGCUUGCAUACGUAUCACGCAGGAGGAGAGACAGAAGAUGAAAGACCUGUUGGCGGGGAACAAGGUGGAUCAGGUUUCAGGAACAUACAAUGAGAACGUGAAGAAGAAGGUGGUCACCGUGGCUAGAGACGAAUGGGAGAUCUACUUCUCUCGCCUCUUUCCAGCCUCUGGCAGUGUCGGGACAGGUGUGCAGGUGUUGUCCGUGUCUCAUAAAGGUAUCAAGCUGCUGAAGAUGGUGAAGAGCAGCUCUUCUGCUUCAGACUACUUCAGAGUGCUGAGGCCUUACAGCUAUUCAGACAUCCUGUUUGUGUCUAUUCCAUCUAAGAACAUGCUUGAGUUCAACCUGACUAAUGAGAAGCUGAUCUUGUUCUCCGCCAAAGCCCCGCACGUCAAGCAUAUGACCGACUACUUCCUCACAGAGCUUAAGAAGGACUCGGAGUAUGUGGUGGCAGUGAGGAACUACAUCACUGAGGACAGGACUCAGCUCAACUUCCACAAAGGCGACAUCAUCAGACUCCAGCACAUGGACGGACUGGAGGCUGGUAAACGUUAUGGCUGCAUUGUGAGGAAGAAGGUGAUGCUUCUGGAGGAGCUAAAGAGAAACACCGCUGAGUUUGGCUGGCGGUUCGGCGCCGUGUAUGGAAAGUCUGGAGUGUUCCCCAGCGAGUUCAUCCGUCCUGUGGCUGCUCCGGACUUCUUGGUCCUGCCUCCUGAACGCGUGGAGCCCCGAGACCGGCAGGGACGAGUCGCUGCCUCUGCUGCUGUUGCCGUUGCGAUGGGCUCAGCUGUAGCUGCUCAUGAGCUCGACCUCUCUACCGAGGUAGUGAAUGAGAUCUAUGGAGACAGCCUGGGUGUCGAACUGGACGACCUGCCUCUGCACAGCAGCCAGUACCACAUGGUUGAGUUUGCCAAGAAGUACUUCCGAGAAGCGCAGAGGAACAGGAGUGAUCAGAAAGCGAAAAAGGGGAAGGAGCCCAGGGACCCUGCUGACAUGGUCAAAUUCUCCAAGUCUCCAAUCCAGGAGUCACUGAUCGACUUCUCAGACAGUGGGAUGAACCGAGUGGCUGCUGACAUCUUCUUAGCUAUAAUGAAGUUUAUGGGAGACUUCCCAAUGAAAGGCCAGACCGAGCAGGACCUGGUCACCACUAUAUUAAAGUUAAGUGGUGACCAUGGCCUGAUGAAGGAUGAAGCCUACUGCCAAGUGAUGAAACAAGUUACUGUCAACACCAGCUCCAAACCGGACAGCUGUCAGAGAGGAUGGCGGCUGAUGUAUAUUCUCACAUCUUUCCAUCGCUGCUCUGAUGUUAUGAAGCCGUUUCUGUUGACGUUUCUCCAGGAUGCAUGUGCCAGCCCUGGUUUGCAAUACCAAGGUAUUGCCAAGGCAUGCGAGCAGAAUCUGAGGAGGACUUUUCAGUAUGGCGGGCGUGUGCAGUAUCCCAACAGCAUGGAACUCAAAGCAAUGAUGGCCGGGCGUAGCUCCAAGAGACAGCUGUUCCUGCUCCCAGGUGGCAUCGAAAGGCACUUAAAAAUCAAGACAUGCUCUGUUGCUUUGGAUGUGAUCGAGGAGCUUUGCUUUGAGAUGGGACUCCAAAGAAUGGAGGCACUGGAUGAACAUGCCGUCUUUCUGGUCACACACAAGGGUCAGAAUGUACGUCCCCUGAACAAGCGAGAGUACAUCCUGGACAUCGCUACAGAGGCCGAGCCUGUGGAUGCCAACUACAGUCUUUGGUUCAGACGGGUUAUAUGGAGUCUAGCUCUCAAACUUGACAAUGAACUUUAUGUCACCAUGCACUAUAACCAGGUGUUGCCAGACUACCUGAAGGCCUUGCUGAGUGUGGUUCCUCAGGGUAAGCCCAGUGAACAGCAUCUGCAGCAGAUUACCAGGCUGGCUGCCCUACAGCAUCGUGCCAAAGACACCAUCUACCUCCCCACCCUCCGUGAGGUGCAGGAGUGUAUCCCUCCGCAGUUCUACAGCAAAACGGGUUCACAGCAGUGGCUGAACAUGACAACACAACAAAUGCAGCAGGUCCAGCCCUUAAACCCAAACCAGGCCCGUGCGCAGUUCCUUGGUCUGGUCAGUGCCUUCCCCAUGUUUGGCUCCUCCUUCUUCUACAUCCAGAGUUCUGGCUCUUCGUCCGUCCACGCCCCAUGCAUCCUGGCUGUUAAUCUGAACGGGCUUCAUUUUCUUAACAAGGAUACACAUGAGACUAUGGUGCGUUUUCCUCUGAAGGAGAUUCAAUCAACUCGCACUCAGAGGCCAACAUCUGGCUCCAGUUACCCAUAUGUGGAGAUCAUGAUAGGAGACCUGCUUAACCAGCGUGUCACACAGCUGCAGCUGGAGCAGGGCCUGGAGCUUUGCCGAGUCAUCGCCAUGCACGUGGAGAACAUGCUGUCAGUCAGAGAGAAGAGACUCACAUUGCCACCAAGUGAAAUCACCCUCCUAUAGCACAAACACGAGGAUGACAUAUACAUAGAAAUCACAGUUUAUGCCUUAAAAAUGUACUCUACCUCUAUUCGUAAGACAGGUUAUUUUUGUAUGUAAAGGCACUGUUAUGUAAGUUGAUAACUUGUUAAUUGUGAUGAUUUUGAAAAAGUGCUUUUCCAUUAUGGCCAUGAAAAUGUUAUUUUUUCUUAAUUGAUCAGCUGUUUUCUUAAUGAAUGAUUUGGCACAUAAAAUGUCAUUCAUGUCAGUCACAUUCUAGUUUUAGGAGAAACUUGAAUGAAUGCCUUAAUCUUUAAUGUUUAUAGUUUUACAUAAUCAUCCAGAAAUGUUUAAGAUCUUGUCCAAUAUAACUAUAAGGGUUAAUGUCUCCUUGUUUCUAUGCCCCCUCUUUAGAAGAAUAGCAUGAUUUGCUUUGUUCUUGGGACAACAUUAAUUUAGUGUGGCGCCAGUUUAUUGCUGUAUAACAAACAAACCCUUAUAACCUCAUCUUGGUUUUGACAUUAAUGGAAACUUUUGGUUUGAUAGGAUAAAGAACUUUUUCUGACACAUCUCUUAUUCUCUGCUUUGCCAAGGGGCAAAGUCUUUUUGGCACAUAAGCUUUGAGGCCACAUCACUAAGAGUUUGCACUAACUUAAAUAUUUUAUUUUUACAAUAAAUUUUUUUGCAAAUAGCAGUUUUACAUAAUUAUUGCAUGUGAAUAAUAAAUUAAAGCUUUAGUUUAACAGUAGUGGUGUGUGAGUACUUUAUUUUUUUAGCAAAUACACAGCGAUGUAUAUGAGUUAGGUGGAAUUAAAAAGUAUGGAAAAUCAUUGGUGAAUACAAUACUACUAAAAAAAAAACACCUAGUAAAAUAUAAUUAAAAUAAAAUAUAUGCUAAUUAUAACCUUCAAUUAAUGGUCAGAGUUACCAUUCUUUUCAUGUUUUUCUUCCUAAACAGGACGUAUAAUCAUGUUUGAAGUAGUCAUUCAAACAUGAUUGAAUCUGUCUGCUUCCAUUAUUUAUCUUAAACCCAGUUUUUGACAUCUUAAAAAAACAAAUUUACAAUAGUUAAGGUAAAAUAUUUACAUUUUCUCCACAGUUUCGAGUGAGAAAAGUUAGCCGUUAUUGGCUAUUUAAUCUCUGGCCGUUCCAUUUUGUUUAAAGGAACUCCCAGUUGUCGCAGUGUACAAACUCAAGCAGCUGGGACAUACCGCCGGUGUACCCUGUGCUACAAACCGAGCAUCCGUCUCGCGAGCCCUUGGUUGUGUAGGCGUUGCUGAGUAAUUGCUCGCAGAUUUCCUCGUCCCUAUUGGUUACCAAUAACGGGAUCCGUGUGAACCGGGAAGAGGAGGGAAGGGAGGGGGCUGCUGUGGUCAAACCCACCAGGACCUAAACAGCACCAGGAGGGAGAGGAGGGAGAGGAGGGAGGAGAGCCGCAGCAGAGGCAGUAGUGUUGUACCCCCGCUUUCAGCCUGCAUGGGCUAGUCCGUUAGCUAGCUUAGCAUCUUCCGACUGCGCCGAACCGCCUCUAGUCCCGCCGAGAAGCUCGGGUUGAUACCUCCGUGUUACCCUCUCUGUCCCCUCGGUCCUGCCUCCCCCGUGACCGGCUUGAAGAUGAUGAAGUUUAGGUUUCGUCGGCAGGGUACCGACCCGCAGAGAGAGAAGAUAAAACAGGAGCUUUUCGCCUU